GUAAACGCGUCACUGUUUUGGAGGAGUGUAAACAAGGAGAUAAAGACGAGCAAGGUGGUGGAGGAGAAGUGGAGCAGCGACACUUUCACAGAGCCGAAAUGCAGUCUGUGGUUAAUCAAAACCUCCACGCGGAGACCGAAGGAGACGUCAACAAGCUCAUCAACCUGAAGCUCAGUGCCUCCUACACCUACCUCUCUCUGGGGAUGUAUUUCGACAGGGAUGAUGUAGCCCUGCCAAAAUUCUCCAGCUUCUUCCUGGAGCGCUCGGUGAAGGAGAGGGAGCAGGCCGAGAAGCUGCUGGAAUACCAGAACCUGAGAGGAGGCCGUAUUCUGCUUCAGACUAUCGCUAAACCAAGUAGAGAGGAUUGGAGAGGUGGCCUGGAUGCAAUGACCUUUUCCCUGGAUUAUCAGAAGACCCUCAACACGUGCAUCCUGGACGUGCACCGCAGAGCCACCAGUAACACCGACCCUCACCUGUGUGACUUCCUAGAGCAUUCCUUCCUCAUCGACAGCCACGAGACCAUCAAGAAGCUGGGCGACUACAUCGGGAGUCUGACCCGCAUCACUGCGUCCGAGACACACGGCGCUAUGGGAGAAUACCUCUUUGAUAAACACACUCUGUAAAGGUCAAAGCAGUGCGGUGACACAAGCUCCACAGUGUAACAGUCUCUCGCUGUGUUUAUUUUUUCCGUUACAAAAGCUCUACAAUAUUUCAACACUUGAACCAAACUUCAUUCUUGUAUCAAAGGCACAAGAGAAGUUCAAACGCAAAAUAACAUAAAAUACCUCAAUUUUUCUUAAACCUCAGUGUAAAAAAAUAAGGUGCUAAAAACUACUUUUUAUCACUCGUUCAUUUGGACUCUGUAUCAUGUGUCAUGCAUUCCACUGUCUGAGGUUUCAAGCUUCAGUUUAAUAAAAAUUCUUUAAAUGUUGUGCCAAUCAAAAAUUUGGAUGACUUUGGAGACAUUUAAUAAAGUCAGAUUUUAAUCACA